UCCAACCGUGGAAAAUUAUUUGUGAUACAAACAAAAAAUAUCGUUACUAAAAAAUGUUUUUGUACUUUAUUAGCUUUUUGAUUAUUGUGUACGCGUUGUUUGAUGUUAAUUAUUUAUUGCGCACAUAUUUCACUGUCAUAAGUGGCUAUUUGUUCGAAAGAAAUUAUUCACUUAUCGAUGUCACUGUUAUUUAUGGUAUGUGUACAUUUCAAGACUGCGAUAUAUGGUUCCGGCACAUACGAGAAGCGCGGUUGCUUCGCGAAAUAGACAUAGCUCGAUACCACUUCUACCAACGCACGGGCAUUUACAGACGAAGCCGGCUGCUAAGCAUUCGCUCGCUACAGGGCUGCACUUUGACCGUCUGUCACGAACCUAUUGGACUCUUUGGACUAUACAAGAUCAAUACAAAGCUUGUGUAUUGGGACGAUUGUUCCUUGUUUUUUGAACAUGAGAUAAUAACACUGAGUGACAAUCGAACAAGAUACUUUAUAAUAUCUCGCCAGCACGCACUGGGUGCCCACGGGGAAUCCAUAGAAGCCUUGCUUGUAGGUCUGCCGGGAUUGGGACCAAGACCUGAAUGUCCUGAAAAUAUUAAGGAAUGGCUGUUGAGUAUGCAAAUAACGAGCUCAAAAAUAAGAUCUUCGACAUAACAUUUGUUU